UACGAGGGCUGGCGCUGCGUCACCGCCGAGUACUGUGCCAGCCUCCGCAAGGUCUCCGACAACCCCCGCGAUGCCUCCAAAUUCGUCAUCCACCAACGGCAGUGCCUCUCCGAGUGUCCCUCCGGCUACACCAGGAAUGAGAGGAGGCAUGAUAACUUGGCCUCGGAGCUGCAAAGCAGCCUGGGGCUCAUCGAGACCAUCACGGGCUUCCUGAAGAUCAAGCACUCCUUCGCCCUCGUCUCCUUGUCCUUCUUCAAGAACCUCAAGCUGAUCCGCGGCGAUUCCAUGGUGGAUGGGAAUUACACCUUGUACGUCCUGGACAACCAGAACCUACAGCAGCUCUGGGACUGGAGCCACCACGUCCUCUCCAUCCCCGUGGGCAAGAUGUACUUUGCCUUCAACCCCAAGCUGUGCCUGGCCGAGAUUUACCAUAUGGAGGAGGUGACGGGCACCAAGGGACGGCAGAACAAGGCGGAGAUCAACCCCCGCACCAACGGGGACCGGGCGUCCUGUAAGACCCAGACCCUCCGCUUCAUCUCCAACAUCACCGAAUCCGACCGCAUCUUCCUCAAGUGGGAGCGAUACCGGCCCCCCGAGUACCGGGACCUCCUCAGCUUCAUCGUCUACUACAAGGAGUCACCCUUCCAGAACGUGUCGGAGUACGUGGGGCAGGAUGCUUGUGGGGCACAGAGUUGGAACGUGCUGGACGUGGAGCUACCGCUCAGCAGCGAGCAAGCGCCGGGGGUUGCCCUGCUCAACCUCCGUCCCUGGACCCAAUACGCCAUCUUCGUCCGCGCCAUCACCCUCACCACUGCCGAGGAAGGACGCAACUACGGGGCGCAGAGCGAGGUGGUCUACAUCCGCACCAUGCCGGCGGCCCCGACGGUGCCCCGGGAUGUCAUCUCCAUGUCCAACUCCUCCUCCCACAUCGUGGUACGUUGGAAGCCGCCCACGCAACGUAACGGUAACAUCACUUACUACCUGGUGCUGUGGCAACAGUUGGCCGAGGACAUGGAGCUCUACGUCAACGAUUAUUGCCACAAAGGUCUGAAGUUGCCCACCAGCAGCGCGGACACUCGCUUCGGGGACGGGGAUGGCCCCGAGGUGGAGCAGGAUGCCGAGGAGCGGUGCUGUCCCUGCCGCCCCGCCGACGGGCAGCUCCGCAUGGAGGGCGAAGCCGAAUCCUUCCAGAAGAAGUUUGAGAACUUCCUUCACAACUCCAUCAUCAUCCCCAGGCCACCCUGGAAGGUGACGUCCAUCAACAAGAACCCACAGAG